GAGAAACCUUUGAGCCUACAAAGAUGGAUAUUUCCUUACAAGUGGGAAUCUCCUACUUCUUACUGCUUCUUGUUUUCAUCGUAGUAGGGCAUGGAGAAGGCCAAAAUGAGUGUUCUGAAUUACGGUGUGGACUCCACGGCCCAGUCGUCCGAUUUCCUUUCAGACUCGAAAACAUGCAGCAAGAUCACUGUGGUUUGCCUGGGUUCAAUCUUUCCUGCACUCAUACAAACCAUACACUGCUCGAGCUGCCCGUUUCAGUAUAUCUCUUUGUUAAAAAGAUUGACUACAAAUCUCAGGUAAUUCAUGUAUACGACCCAUAUCAUUGCUUCCCAGGACUGCUUGAUCGAUUCAAUUUAUCUUCCUCGCCUUUUCAUUUCAACCAAGACGGUAGUAGUGGCUAUUCCUUAUUCUCUUGUACCCCAGAAAUAAAUAACAGUAGAUUCCACCGGAUCUCCUGUCUUAGUACUGGCCCUCGCACCCAAGUUUAUGCCACCGAUCUUUAUGGUGAUCACCUCACCUACGUAGUCUCUGACUCGUCAGCCUGUAGAAAGAUGUACGGUGUUCAAUCAAUUCCAUAUAAAAUAAUGGUCGGAGAUGAUAAAGUUUUUGAAAUGAAGUGGAACAGUACUCCAGCAUGCAAAGACCGUGAAGUGAAAGGGAAGAAUUGUAGAUUGAAGAACAUGGGCAAUGGCUCAGAAACUGAGUGCUUCCAGCCUGGGCCUAGACAACGACCUAAACACACCAGAGGUGUUAUCUUUGGUUCAUUUCUAUUAGUACUUGCGGUCUUUGCAUUCUACUAUAUCUACAGGUAUGAUAAAGUAGAAAAGGCAAAUCAAGCAAACAUCCAAAAGUUUUUGGAGGAUUACAAAAAUUUUAAACCCACAAGGUAUUUGUAUGCUGAUAUUAAAAGGAUUACGAGCCAAUUUGCUGAUAAGCUAGGUGAAGGAGCUUACGGAACGGUGUUUAAAGGAAAGCUUUCCAAUGAAAUCUAUGUUGCGGUGAAAAUACUAAACAUGCCCAAGAAAAAUGGGGAAUAAUUCAUCAAUGAAUUUGGAAUAAUGGGUACGAUCCACCAUAUUAAUGUGGUUCGCUUGGUUGGGUUUUGCGCCGAUGGAUUUAAACGAGCUCUAGUUUAUGAGUUCUUACCAAAUGGGUCAUUGGACAAGUUCAUAUCUUCAACAAACACCAAGAGCAGUUUUCUUGGUUGGGAUAAGUUGCAAGAAAUAGCCCUCGGCAUAGCGAAUGGAAUUGAAUAUCUUCACCAAGGAUGCGACCAACGAAUCGUCCAUUUUGAUAUCAAAUCUCAUAAUAUUUUGCUAGACCAAAAUUUCAAUCCAAAAAUUUCUGAUUUUGGUUAUGCCAAAUUGUGUUCUAAGGAUCAAAGUGUAGUGUCCAUGACCGCAGUCAGGGGGACCAUAGGUUAUAUUACACCCGAAGUGUUUUCUAGGAACUUUGAAAAUGUGUCUUAUAAAGCAGAUAUUUAUAGUUUUGGAAUGUUGUUGCUUGAAAUAAUUGAAGGGAGGAAAAAUGUUGACAUUGAGGACAACACUAGCCAAGUCUACUUUCCAGAAUGGAUCUACAAUCUCAUGGAACAAAAAGAAGACCUACAAGUCUUUAUUGAGAGUGAAAGAGAUGCAAUACUUGCAAAGAAACUUGCAAUUGUAGGACUCUGGUGCAUCCAAUGGCAUCCAGGGGAUCGUCCUUCCAUGAAAAGUGCAAUUCAAAUGUUAGAAGGAGGAGAUAAUUUAACCAUGCCUCCUAAUCCUUUUGCCUCCACAAGCUCUGAAAGCAUCAAUGCAGGGACGUCUGCAAUGUAUUUAAGCCAAGUGUUAGAAGUCUUCUCAAAAUCAGAGUAAAUGUAUAUGAAUAAACUUUUAUGUUUUCACGCCAAAAAGGCUAAUUAUGGUAUGAAAGAAUACCCAAAAAAGAAGAAGGAAACUUUGGGAUUGCUGAAUAAAAGACUAUAAAAAUAUAAAGCCCCAA